CAGCAACCGACGCAAACUGGUAAUACUUCUCCCUUCUCCCGUUGCCCGACGACGACGGGUCCUUUGCCAUCUAGUAAACACGGAAAACGUGACCAUCGCAACGAUGACGAUUUAUGAGUGCGCGGCGGCGAUGUUUUGUGGUUUUUUGGGGAAAAAUAGAGACCGCGAAGACAGGGAUCUAUUUAUAAAGACCCUUCCUCUACGCCGUACGAGUUUCGGAGUUUCGGUAGCGCAUCGGUUCAACGUGUUUCUCGUGCCAGAUUUUCCAUUUAUUGCCACCCUGCAUCAGCAUUUGCAUGGGUCCAACGAGUCCAACGACUGGCAAACGUCGUGUUGCUGUGGUUGAAGAAAUAGCCAGCCAACUACGCGGCUUUCCGUUCUUGUGUUUUCAUGCCAACGGCUUCCCAAAAUCCCAUCUCCGGAAGACGUAGCGGACGGAAAGUAAACAACAUCGCAAAACAGCUCGCAGCUCGAGAAACAUUGUUAGCGUAAAUCUUACGGAAAGUGAAAAGAUCUAUUUUGUUUACAGCAAUCGAUCUUAAGAGAAGCAGUCGGAGCCGAAGCUACAGCCUUUUCUCCUAACAAUAAAACACCGAAACACCGGGGGGGGGGGGGGGGAAAAAAGAUCACUCAGAUCGCGAUCGUACGUACAACGGUGUACAGCAGAGUGGAGGAGUCGUUGACCUUGGAACCAGAGAGCUGGAGAGUAACAAAUAAAGAAAGAUAGAGGGAGAGCGAGAAGCUGGAAAAAUCAUUGCAAGUUCCGCAAGAAUUCCAUUCUUGCUCUCCACAAACGGUGCACAGAAAGAAUGCCACCUAGUACACAGGGUAGAGGAGCAGCAGUAAGUCAGCUACCCGUGCCGGAACGCAAGCCGGACUACUACAUCGGCCCAACCGGACGUCCCGUUUUGACCAUGGGCCUCGAUCGAACGAGCCCGGGUACAUGUGAUUCAGCCAACGGCACAGGCAACAGCAAGUUAAACAAAUGCUUAUACAACCUCACAAUACGGAACGCGGGAUAUCCCACCAGCAAUAACGAUCGUCACGGAUCUGUCAGCAGCAGCAACAGCAGGAGAGUGAGCAAUAAAACCGAACAUGAUAUAACGAGCGCACCGGCGAGAGGUCACUGCAGUAAAUCACCCCCACAGAUUUCGGGAUCCGGUCGGUUCGGUACAGCGCCUGACACUGGUGGUCGGCGUCAGCCGAUGGUAUCGACUGCGGGCGGGUGGUCUUCAACGGCCGCCUAUCAAAAACCGGCCAGCAGUGGAAUCUGUGGGCCGUCACCGCCAGCAGCUGCUGCCACGCGAUUGCUUGCCGCACGAUCAUCCGGCGGCGGUACGAGACCUCAAUCGGAAGCUACUGGCGGCAGCAGGCCAGGUUCGCUCGUUCUACAGCAACAGUGCAGAUAUUCUAAUCACCACAAGCAGUUGGACAAUCGAUUAAGCUACCAGCGCAGCUACGAUCGCAACAUCUUUGGGUACGAUAAACCAUCAACAAAUCAGAUCGUGCUGCCACCGUUGCAGAUCUAAAAGAACGGGCUCAACACUUAAUGGAUGAUUCCCCCUCACAGACACACACUUCCUAGAAUUAUCUUUAAAAGACUAGAUUUAGAACAUCUUCUCCGGAUGAAUCCGUUCCAUAUUGCCAAGAAAAAAAAACAAUAAUACCUAAAAGAAAGAUCAUAAAAUAAA